GUUACUGCAACAGGAUCAGAAGCCGAUCUAGUGAUCUGCAUUAGUGUUUACCUGGUUCUUAACUGUAUUUUACAAGCUAUCUGGGCGAAUGAAGACCAAAGGAUCUAUAAGGAUUUGGGCACAUAAUGUUGGGAUGGAGUUGCAAGACUUUGGCUCAAGGAAAGAGUAGAAGAUUUUCUCCAAACUUUGACCCGGUGGAUGCGUCUUUUCUUUUUCUUGGAUUAUUGCUAAUUUUGUUGAAUUUCGCUGCGAUUCUUCUUCCUCGUUUUAUUGUGAGCUUCAUUUUCUUGUUUGGACUAUGGCCUCGGAUCCCAGUAUCCCAGGGGUCAGUAUCUGUGGAGAAUUACCCCCGAGUUAUACGCGUUCUCCCCCGCCUGUAAACUCAGAUCUGCUCCGGAGACCCAGUUAUUGCCACGCUGCUUUCGCACUAAAACAGAUUUCAAAGGGUAAGGCUGUGGGACAAAAAGCCCCGCUGUGGAUCCGGGCGCGGUUCCAGGCCCUGCUCUUCUCACUGGGCUGUCAGAUCCAGCGGCAUUGUGGAAAGGUCCUCUUCAUUGGACUUCUUGUAUUCGGCGCUUUGGCGGUCGGAUUGCGGGUUGCAGCAAUUGAGACGGAUAUUGAGCAGCUUUGGGUGGAAGCUGGCAGCCGCGUGAGUCGAGAGUUGAGGUACACCAAGGAGAAACAAGGAGAGGAGACUGUCUUUACAUCACAAAUGCUGAUUCAGACCUCUAAACGCGGAGGUACCAACAUCCUUACCCAGGAAGCUUUGCUGCAGCACCUUGAGGCCGCACAAGCAGCCAGCAAAGUCCAGGUGUCUUUGUAUGGAAAGUUGUGGGAUCUUAAUAAAAUCUGCUACAAAUCGGGUGUCCCUGUCAUCGAGAAUGGAAUGAUUGAGAGGAUGAUCGACAAGCUGUUUCCCUGCAUGAUUGUGACUCCUCUGGACUGUUUCUGGGAGGGAGCUAAACUCCAGGGCGGCUCUGCCUACCUUCCAGGGAAGCCAGAUAUCCAGUGGGUGAACCUUGACCCGGUGCAGCUGAUGGAGGAGCUGGGUCAGUUCACAUCGCUCGAGGGCUUCCGUGAGAUGCUGGACAAGGCGCAGGUGGGGCAUGCCUACAUGAACCGGCCAUGUCUGGACCCAACUGACCCUGACUGCCCCGACAGUGCACCAAACAAAGUGCUGCGUGAGUGUCCUGACAUUGCGCAGGAACUCCGCGGUGGCUGUCACGGCUUCUCUAAGAAGUUCAUGCACUGGCAGGAGGAGCUGAUACUGGGCGGCAGGGCCAAAGACUCCCAGAACGCACUGCUCAGUGCUGAAGCCCUCCAAACCAUGUAUCUCCUGAUGAGCCCCAAGCAGCUUUAUGAACACUUCAAGGAUGACUACGACAUCCACGACAUUAACUGGAAUGAGGAGAAGGCCACUGCCAUUCUAGAGUCCUGGCAGAGGAAGUUUGUUGAGGUGGCUCACCAGAGCAUCCUCCAAAACUCCUCUCAGAGUAUACAUGCCUUCUCUACCACCACCCUCAACGACAUCAUGAAAUCCUUCUCCGAUGUUAGUGUAAUCCGCGUGGCGGGCGGUUACCUACUUAUGUUGGCAUAUGCCUGUGUGACCAUGCUGCGUUGGGACUGUGCCAAGUCCCAGGGGGCAGUGGGGCUUGCUGGCGUCCUGUUGGUAGCGCUGUCUGUAGCGUCUGGUUUAGGGCUAUGCUCUCUCCUAGGGAUUUCCUUCAAUGCGGCCACAACGCAGGUGCUUCCCUUCCUGGCUCUGGGGAUCGGUGUGGACGACAUGUUUCUGUUAGCCCAUGCUUUCACUGAGACUGGCUACAACAUCCCCUUUAAGGAGAGAACUGGGGAGUGCCUCAGGCGCACUGGAACAAGCGUGGCUCUAACCUCCAUCAAUAACAUGAUUGCCUUCUUCAUGGCUGCUCUUGUUCCCAUUCCAGCCCUGAGAGCUUUCUCCUUGCAGGCUGCCAUAGUUGUGGUCUUUAACUUUGCUAUGGUCCUGCUCAUCUUCCCGGCCAUCUUGAGUCUGGACCUCCACCGACGAGAGGACAAGAGGCUUGACAUUCUCUGCUGCUUCUACAGCCCAUGUUCUAACCGGGUAAUCCAGAUCCAGCCGCAGGAGUUUGCCGAUGCCAACGAUAACCACACCUACCCAGUCACUACUUACAGUGGCCCCACCAUCACGACCAGCACCCAGAUCACCACCACGGUGCAGGCCUUCACACAGUGCGACGCCUCGGGCCAGCAUAUCGUCACCAUCCUGCCUCCCACCUCCCAGAUCUCCACAAGCCCCCCCUCUGUGUUGGUGCCUCCCAACCAAGAUCCCUAUGGCUCACAGCUCUUCACACCCUCCAGCUCCACCCGCAACCUCCUGGCCCAGGUGGAUGAGUCCAAAGAGGGGCGGGAGUGCGUGCCUCUGCCCUUCUUCCGGUGGAACCUGUCUGACUUUGCCCGCGACAAGUAUGCUCCACUGCUGCUCAAACCAGAAAGCAAGGUGAUUGUUGUUAUCCUGUUCAUGAGCCUCCUGGGUCUGAGCCUAUACGGCACUACAAUGGUCCAUGAUGGCCUCUACCUGACUGACAUUGUCCCUCGUGACACCAAGGAGUAUGAUUUUAUCUCGGCUCAGUUCCAGUACUUCUCCUUCUACAACAUGUACUUGGUGACUAUGGGUGGCUUUGACUACCCCCGCUACCAACGGCAGCUCCUACAGCUACACAACAGCUUCAAGUCUGUCAAAUACGUGGUUCGUGACAGCAACCAGCAGCUUCCCCGGAUGUGGUUGCAUUACUUCCAGGACUGGCUCCAAGGUCUGCAGGCAGCAUUCGAUGCUGACUGGGCAGCAGGCAGGAUCACCCGUGAUAACUACCGCAAUGGCACAGAGGACGGUGUACUGGCAUAUAAGCUGCUCGUCCAGACUGGCACUAAGAAGGAGCCAUUCAACUAUAGCCAGUUGACCACCAGGCGACUGGUAGAUGAGGAAGGCUUGAUCAACCCUGAUACAUUUUACAUCUACCUGACGGUGUGGGUCAGUAAUGACCCUCUUGGUUACGCAGCCUCCCAGGCCAACUUUGACCCCCACCCUCCUGAGUGGAUCCAUGACAAAUAUGAUACAACGGGGGAGAACCUACGCAUUCCCAUGGCUGAGCCACUGGAGUUUGCCCAGUUCCCCUUCUACCUGAACGGUCUACGUGAGACCUCAGACUUCAUUGAGGCCAUUGAGAGCGUGCGCUCCAUCUGCGAUGAUUUCUCAAAGAAGGGCAUCCUCAACUACCCUAACGGCUACCCCUUCCUGUUCUGGGAGCAGUACAUUGGCCUGCGCCACUGGUUCCUGCUCGCCAUCAGCGUGGUGCUGGCCUGCACCUUCCUGGUGUGCGCCAUCCUCCUGCUGAACCCUUGGACAGCCGGCAUAAUCGUGUUCAUUCUGGCUAUGAUGACGGUUGAGCUCUUCGGAAUCAUGGGAUUGAUCGGUAUUAAGCUGAGCGCCAUCCCUGUUGUAAUCCUGAUCGCUUCUGUGGGGAUCGGCGUGGAGUUCACCGUCCACGUAGCACUGGGUUUUUUGACGGCUAUCGGCAACAGGAACCUCCGCUCCACAGUGGCACUGGAACACAUGUUUGCCCCUGUGGUAGAUGGCGCCAUCUCCACUCUUCUGGGCGUGCUGAUGCUGGCUGGUUCCGAGUUUGACUUCAUCUUGAGGUAUUUCUUUGCAGUUCUGACCAUCUUAACUGUGUUGGGCCUCCUAAACGGACUAGUUCUGCUCCCUGUACUGCUAUCGGUCAUUGGCCCACCUCCUGAGGUCAGACCAGCAGACAAUGGUAGCUGUUUACCCACGCCUUUCCCAGAGCCAAUCCCCCCUCCCAUGAACCACCAUGGUCUCUACACAGGACGCUACCCUCCAGGCCGACGCCACCACGCCUUCUCUGAGUCUUCAGACUCCGAAUACUACUCUGAGACAACCACCACGUCGGGCCUUGGAGAUGAGGAGUACCAGUACUGUGACCGAAGCGCAUAUAUCAUCCCUCCCGCCAACACCCCUCCCUCACACAUCCUUCUGGAGGCCAGCAAGAACCCCAGCUUCCCCAAACUCACGAUUGUAAAGCCGUACAAAGAGGGUCAGGACGUCCCUGCCAAAAAGGAAAUCUUAAACACACCAGAACAGCCCACUGUGAACUCUGUCAGCUCUCAGAUAGCAAGGCAGGACAACAAGCAGGACUUUCAGCAGGACCAAGGGCCAAGGAGGCAACAUUUGCCUAGUGACAGACCCCAAGGGCCAGGGAGGACUAAUUACUCUGGCCCCAGGCCUCAGUACAGCAGCAAACCCAACUACCCUAGGACUACGCUGCCUGCGUAUGGCGCAGUAACCAGGGUACCGGGGUCUAAUCGCGCUGUUACCACGGUGACUGCCACCGCCUCGGUGACGGUCGCUGUGCACCCCAGUGUGCCGGGGUCAUUCAGGGGUUACACACAUGAGGGCUUUGAGGACUGUGAAUCAGACUGCUUCGAGGAAACACUUCCACCUUCUUACAGAGCCUCUGAGAAAAGGACUAACUCCUCCAAAACGGAGACCUCGGAGCUGCAGGACCUUGAAUGUGAAAGAAUGAGCAGAGGCGCCUCAACUAGGCAUUAGGUUUUUUCAGGUCAAAGACAGCUAAACCUUUUUGUCUGGAAUACAUCUCUGACUGUACAAGGGUUAAUGUGGUCCCCAACCCUUCUCUAUGAACUGUAAAUAGAUCUCAGACAGACAAGAGAAUUUAUUUUAAAAUAUUAAAAGUUCUUGUUUUAUAUAUAUAUAUAUAUACACACACACACACACACACACACACACACACAGUAUGUAUAUACUAAGAGGGAAAAAGCUAUUUAAGAGUACUGUAUAACGUGUGUAUUCUAUUAUGUAAAAAUGUCAGAUAUUGUAUGAGGUAGGAGCUGUCCUCCCAUUUAUAAUAAAGAGAUGUAUUUUAUGUAAAAAAAAAAAAAAGAAAAUAAGAAAAGUGAAUUGGUGUAAU